AUUAAUAUCAUAUAAUCCCAAAAACCAAAUAUAAUUUCUUUACUUGAAAAUAAAGAUGAUUCUUCAGAAUAUUAAUUACAAUAAACUCAAUAAUAAUAUAAUAAUUUGCAAAAAUACAUAUAAGAAAUUCAUUUAAAAACUCAAAAUUAUACAUAAGAAGUAAAUAAUUUAGAACAAAGAAGUAAAUAAUUUACCAUUUUUUUGUUUAUUUAUAAAUUUUAAAUAAAUAAAUAAAAAAAAAAGAAAUUAGUCCUAAUAUUUACCAAAAUAAUAUAUAAAAUCGCAAUAUAUCUCCAAUAUUAUCCAAAUCUCCAAAUUAAAAUAAAAAAAAAUUAUUUUCUAGUAAACUAAAAUAACAAUAAGUCCAAAAUUCCUAAAUAACAAAUUCCACAUAUUAAUUAUUAUUGAUUAAAAAAUAAUAAAUAAAUCAAGAUUUUAUUCUAAUGUCAAAAAUAAACAAUCAUUAAUAAUGUAUAGAAUAUUUAAAUAAAAAAAAUUCCCCAGAAUAUCAAGCUGAUAUCAAUUUUAAAGACGAAGAUCAAAAUACAGCACUUCAUUAUGCUGUUUUAAAUGGAAAUACGACAUUAGUUACUUAGUUAUUAUUUUUUUCAGCCUAAAUAGAUGCUUAAAAUAUUUUUUUAUAAACUCCUUUAAUGUUUGC